AUGUCAACACCUGGAGAUUUCCCUAUUUCACCAUUCUUCCUUGGUGGAGCAGUAGAUCCUAGAUCGAUGUCACAAAUAGGAAGUUUAUGUCAUGCAGAUUAUAUGUCAACUUCAACUGAGUCACAAGAGAGAUCAUUAAAUAAUCCAAACGAUACACAUCCAGAGAUUGUAAAUGUAGUGUCAACAUUUCAAUUAGGUGUUAAAUUAGAAUUGAGAAAAAUAGUACAAAAAGCAAGAAAUGCAGAGUAUAAUCCGAAACGUUUUGCAGGAGCGAUUAUGAGAAUCUCAAGUCCAAAAUCAACGGCAUUAAUUUUUCAAACAGGUAAAAUUGUAUGUACUGGAACUCGUUCAAUUGAAGAAAGUAAAAUAGCAUCAAAAAAAUAUGCAAAGAUUAUAAAGAAAAUUGGAUAUCCAAUUCAUUAUUCUAACUUUAAUGUUCAAAAUAUAGUAGGAUCAUGUGAUGUGAAAUUUCAAAUUGCAUUACGUGCUUUAGUUGAUUCAUAUUUGGCUUUUUGUCAAUAUGAACCAGAAGUAUUUCCUGGAUUAGUAUAUAGAAUGGCAUCACCUAAAGUGACUUUAUUAGUAUUUUCAACAGGGAAAGUUGUUCUUACAGGUGCUAAAGAUGAAGAGAGUUUGAAUUUAGCAUAUAAGAAUAUUUAUCCAAUCUUACUAGCUAAUAGAAAAGAAGAUAUAUCAAAUCAAUAA